AUGUUUAGAUUCGCAAUAACGCUUUUUUGUCUCGUUUUUGUUUCGUCAGCAUCUGCUUCGAUAGGUUGUCGUGACGAAAACAAUAAAAUUGUGGAUUUUACGUACCUUUACAAGCUUCCCGAUGAUCCGCCAGCUCAAACUGUCUUCAAAAGUGAUGGAUUUCGUUACGCUUUUAUGACGUCUUCAUCUUUGAAUGGCAUUUGGAUUGACUCUUCUCGAAAUAUCACUCAAAAAGACAGCAUUCCAGGAUUAACUCUCACACAAAUGUACGGAAACGCGAAAAUUCUUGCGAUUCUGUACAAUGAUCAAAGUCCUUCGGAGAACGAUGAUUCGUCUAAAGGUCAUUCCAAGGGCGUCAUUGUCUCAGAUGGCACUCAAGGUUUUUGGAUCGUGCAUUCUAUUCCUCGUUUUCCGCCUGAACUUGAAGUUGGAGCGUACGGAUAUCCAUCAACGGGAGCUAAAUACGGACAAAAUUAUCUCUGUGUGACAAUGAAAGCUGCUGAAAUCGACAAAGCCAUAUCUCAGUUGGAAAUGAAUCAAGUUCAAAUUUAUUCUUCGCAACUUCCUGCCUCGUUAAAGAAGAAAUUUCCGAAUGCCGUGCGAUUGUUGGAAGGUUUCAACGUUUUAACUUUGAAAAGUGCUGCUGGCGUGACUUUCACAUCAUUUGCCAAAUCCUCGAAUUUCAAACGAGAUCUGUAUCAAGAUUUACUCGCGCCCGCUAUUGGCGACAUUUCCGUCGAAUCAUGGAAAUUCGGAAAUAAUUUUCUAACCUCAAACUGUUCGACGUCCCAAAAAGUUCUCACAAUCGCAAGUUUGGAUCUCGAAGAUGUCAAUUACAAGUUCAGUACGUCACGUGAUCACUCAAAAUGGGCAGUUUCCGCGUCAAACAAGGCAAAUUGGAUCUGUGUCGGUGACAUUAAUCGCUUUGAAUCGCAGUUCAAACGUGGCGGAGGCUGUUUAUGUCAAAGCUCGCAAGCAAUUUCGGAGGCAUACAGAAAAAUUAUUGCGGAAACCGAUAAAUGCGAGUAA